AUGUCAAUGCAGCUCGCUACUAACCAAAGAAACUUCGUUUCAAUGAAAUUUCAAACUACUUGCUUCAAAGAAACGGGUGUUCGGGUGCGACCAAAUACCAGGCUGCGAACAGGCUGCGAAUUUAUCUCAUUUGCCAUGUAUGAUAGUGUUCGAAUAGUGGUUUGUGGCGACGACAAUGUUGGAAAAUCGUCUUUAAUUGCCUCAUUUGUGAAAGGCAAAGCUGCACCAAACCUACAGAAGGUUCUAGCUCCGGUGACCAUAUCAAAAAGUGACUUUUUUUCAGAAGAUAACGAACCGAAACACUCCACCAAAAUACGUUCUUGGGGCUCCAGGAACCGGAGACAUGAUAAAAGUGGUGGGAACGAUAUCCUGGACAGCAUCCCACCCACUACGGUCAUCAUUGAUACGUCGUCGUCAGAUAUAACUCGAUUACAGCGGGAAUUGAAACGGGCCGAUGUCAUCUGGAUCGUUUAUUCUGACCAUUAUACAUACGAACGGAUCUUGUUACAUUGGAUGCCGAUGUUUCGGUCGAUGGGGGUCAACUUGCCGGUUGUUGUUGCUGCUAACAAAGCUGAUUUGGAUCCAGGGAGUACCACCAAGGCCCAGAACGCAGAGGAAUUCAUGCCACUUUUGAGUGAGUUUAAAGAAAUAGAAGCGUGUAUCCGAUGCAGUGCAAAGACUGGACUUAACGUUGUUGAGUCGUUUUAUUUGUGUCUUCGUGCCGUGGUGUUUCCUAUGUCUCCUAUAUUUGAUUCUAAGGAGGGAAAUCUCAAACCAGCAGCGGUUGCAGCGUUGAAAAGAGUAUUCUUUUUGUGUGACAAGGACCAGGAUGGGUACUUGAAUGCUCAAGAGUACAAUGAUCUACACACCAAAUGCUUCGGUUUUGCUCCGCCUGAAGAUGAGUUCAGUGUUAUUGUCAAAACUAUAAGUAAAGUGAUAUACCCAGAAGUUGACUCCAGUGGUGAAAUACCACAGCUCAUUUCCGAAGACGGCUUUAUAAUCUUGAACAAGAUUUACGCCGAAAGAGGACGCCAUGAGACUACGUGGAACAUUCUUCGCAAGUUCCACUAUACGGACUCGCUUUCUUUGAAUGACAAGUUCUUGUAUCCCAUUCUUGAAGUCAACCAAAAUUCUAGCGUCGAACUCAGUCCUACAGGAUACAAAUUUUUGGUUGAUUUGUUUUUGAAAUUUGACAAAGAUAAUGACGGAGGAUUGAAUGACGAUGAGUUGAAAAGCUUGUUUUCUCCCACCCCAGGUAUACCAAAACAGUGGCAGGAAUGGCUGUUUCCUUCGUGCGUUGUGUGUAACGAGGCAGGCUAUGUAACGUUACAAGGUUGGCUUGCCCAGUGGAAUUUGACAACUUUCUUGGACUACAAAACCACUUUGGAGUACUUGGCGUACUUGGGAUUCGACGACGAUAGCUCUAUGAAGGCCAUAAAGAUUACCAGAGCACGUAAGAAGCGACAGAAGCAAGGACUUUAUUACCGGCAGCCGGUUACCGAUCGCAAUGUCUUCAACUGCUUUGUGGUUGGUGCUCCCAAAUCAGGCAAGACCUCGCUUUUGCACCUGUUCUUGAGAGGAACAUACAGCGAUGUCUACUCGCCAACUAUAACGCCCAAAAUGGGAGUCAAAGACAUCGAGCUUCGAGGUGGAAAACAAUGCUACUUAAUUUUGGAGGAGCUCGGAGAACUCGAACCGGCUAUUCUUCUGAACCAGAGCCGACUUGAUCAAUGUGAUGUUAUUUGCUAUACCUACGACUCUUCUGAUCCAGAAUCAUUUCAAUACUUGUUGGAUCUUCGUCAGAAACAUGCCGCUAUGCUCAACGGUAUCCCAUCAGUAUUUGCUGCUCUAAAAGCGGAUCUCGAUAAGCAACAACAGCGCUCCGAUAUACAGCCCGAGACCUACACUCGAGAUUUGCUACUCAGUUCUCCGCUACAUAUAUCGUCGUCGUGGCCGUCGUCAUUACAUGAGUUAUUCAUCCAGUUGGUGGAUGCUGCGAAAAUGCCAUCUACGGCAACGCCGAUGCUCGUCAAAGAACCCGAUCGCCCGGACAUGGAAAAUUUUAAACAUAUCGUAAUGGCCGGUUCAGCUAUCAGUGUGAUGACGUUGGUAUCGGUAUGGAUCUGGAGAAGCUCGGUGCAAAGUCAGAAGUAG